AGGUGGUGGCACAAAAACAGUUUAGCAAUGGAUCAAAGAAAAAAUGAUAGUUUUGUCCCAAGUAUCACACAGCUGGAAGACUUCCUGACAGAACAUGACUCCAAUGUUGUUUGGCUGUUAGUAGCAACAAUAUUGUCUUGUGGAUGGAUUAUCUACCUAACUUAUUAUAAUUCCCGGAACAUUGGACUCAUUUUAACAUUGGUUCUUAACAGAUUAUAUAAAAAUGGCUACAUCCAUAUUGGUUCCUUUUCUUUCUCUGUGCUGUCUGGAAAAGUCAUGGUUCGUGAAAUCUACUUCAUCACAGAAGACAUGUCUAUCAGAAUUCAAGACGGUUUUAUCAUAUUUCGCUGGUGGAAGAUGUACAACCCUAAGCAGAAACAGCAUGAUCCAAAGGCAGAAACACGACUGUAUAUUAUGGUGAAUGACUUUGAAUUUCAUGUGUACAACCGUUCUGAGCUUUAUGGACAGCUUCAAGAAUUAUUUGGCUUGGAUCCCACAAUAAUUCCAGCAAAGAAAGAUGAUGAAAAAGCACAAGUAAAUGGGAGGCAAAGAACACAUACCAAUCUUGAAAGUGUUAAGGUAAAAACAGAAUCUCAAGACCCUUCUUCUUCAUGGAGAUCACUUAUUCCAGUCAUUAAAGUCAAUGUGAGCACGGGUCGCUUGGCAUUUGGCAAUCAUUAUCAGCCACAAACACUUUGUAUUAACUUUGAUGAUGCUUUUUUGACCUACACCACAAAACCACCUUCAAGCCACCUUGAUCAGUUUAUGCACAUUGUGAAAGGAAAAUUGGAAAAUGUUAGAGUCAUGCUGGUUCCAAGCCCAAGAUAUGUUGGCCUUCAAAAUGAUGAGCCACCAAGGCUGAUGGGUGAAGGUUUUGUUGUAAUGCAGUCCAAUGAUGUUGAUAUUUAUUACUAUAUGGAUGAACCAGGUCUUGUACCAGAGGAGACUGAAGAAAGUAAUGAUGGAGAAGCAAACAAUGAAGACAGCAAAUUGCAGGAUCUGCCACCAUGUUGGGGGCUGGACAUUGUUUGUGGAAAAGGAACAGAUUUCAACUAUGGACCUUGGGCUGACAGGCAGAGGGAUUGCUUGUGGAAGUUUUUCUUCCCACCAGACUACCAAGUUAUGAAAGUCUCAGAAAUUGCUCAGCCUGGAAAACCGAGACAGAUCCUCGCUUUUGAGCUGCGGAUGAAUAUUAUUGCAGAUGCCACCAUUGAUUUGCUUUUUACCAAAAAUAGGGAAACUAAUGCUGUACAUGUAAAUGUUGGUGCAGGAUCAUAUUUGGAAGUAAAUAUUCCCAUGACAGUAGGUGAAAAUGGCUAUUCACCUACAAUUAAAGGUCAACUUUUACAUGUUGAUGCCACCAGCAGUAUGCAGUACCGAACUCUCUUAGAAGCUGAAAUGCUGGCUUUUCAUAUUAAUGCCAGCUAUCCCCGGAUAUGGAACAUGCCCCAGACGUGGCAAUGCGAGCUUGAGGUUUAUAAAGCAACCUAUCAUUUUAUCUUUGCCCAGAAAAGCUUCUUUACAGAUUUGAUCCAAGACUGGUCCAGUGAUAGCGCACCUGAUAUCUUUUCAUUUGUUCCUUAUAUGUGGAACUUCAAAGUCAUGUUUCAUCAAUUUGAAAUGAUUUGGGCAGCAAAUCAGCACAACUGGAUUGACUGUUCCACUAAACAACAAGAAAAUGUUUAUCUUGCAGCUUGUGGCGAAACAUUGAACAUUGUUUUCUCUCUGCCUUUCACUGACUUUGUUCCAACCACAUGCAAUACUAGAUUUUCUUUAAGGGGAGAAGAUGUUGAUCUUCACUUGUAUCUACCAGACUGUCAUCCUAGUAAAUAUUCCCUUUUUAUGUUGGUGAAAGAUUGUCAGCCUAAUAAAAUAAGUCCUGAAUCUUGUAUUUCUGCUGAAUGUCAAAGUGGUCAGAAAACAGGGAAACCCAAAUGGAGGAACAUUACUCAAGAAGAGGCUGGAUGGGUUGAAUGCUGGACAGUCCCGAGUGUUGUGUUUACGAUUGACUACUCAUGGCACCCAAUUUAUCCUCAAAAGGCAGAUGAGCAGUUAAAACAAUCCU